UUUUGUGCACUGGCCUGUUUUGUGGAAUAGCAUCGAGUUGCUCAAACAUUUUGCCAAAAGCCACCAUGAGUGUUAAAAUGGGAGCAAAUGUGUGCCCGAUUACCGAGGAACGGUCGGGCACAGUGCGCGAAGUUGGUGGGCAAGCCGUCUGGAGCCUUUCAUCGUGUAAACCAGGAUUUGGCGUCGAUCAGCUGCGGGACAAUUCGAUGGAAACGUACUGGCAAUCGGACGGACAGCUACCGCAUCUGGUAAACAUUCAAUUUCAUCGCAAAACAACGGUCAGUCAGAUUUACAUCUACUCCGAUUACAAGCUGGACGAAAGUUACACACCGAGCCGGAUAUCGAUCCGCUGUGGUAUGCACUUUAACGAUCUGCAGGAAGUGGAGGUGGUCGAUCUCUGUGAACCAUCCGGUUGGGUUUGCAUUCCGAUCAAGGAGUGUGAGGACAUGCCUAUGUGCACAUUCAUGAUACAGAUAGCUGUGAUUAGCAAUCAUCAGAACGGUAGGGAUACGCAUAUGCGCCAGAUACGGAUCCACUCGCCAACAGAAGGCUCACAGUACCCGCUGGAACAUCACGGAAAGUUUAGCUCGUUAGAAUUUUCACAGUUUCGCACGAUACGUUAGCACGAUAGCGAAAAGGCAAUGCAAUUUUUAAUGUAACACAUGUUAUUUAUGAAAGUAUUCGAACAAUUUGAAUUUAUUCCAAAAAAGAACAACACGAUUAUUAAAAAAACCGGUA